UCAGAGUGAAAGUUACCUUUUGUUCCAACUGUUGAAUCUUUCGCCUUCUCACUAUUUAACUUCUUUUUGCUCGUCCUCGUUACCGCCAAACCCGUUCAAAAUCAGACAUGUCCGACUAGCAAACAGCGUGUCAAGAACGCAGAGAGCGCCAUCAUGGCUAUCGCCCACGUGGCCACCGAGUACGUAUUCGGCGAUUUCCUGUUGAAGGAUCCCAACCAGACCCGAUACCGGAAUAUACGCACGGAGCUGGCGGUGGACAAGAUGGUGACCUGUGUGGCGGUGGGCCUCCCUCUCCUUCUCAUCUCGCUCGCCUUUGCGCAGGAAGUCUCCGUCGGAACUCAGAUCAGCUGCUUCGCUCCCAGCAACUUCUCGUGGCGACAGGCGGCUUACGUGGAUUCGUACUGUUGGGCGUCAGUACACACGCACACCUUGCCUCUGUGGCUGCACAAGUUCUUUCCAUACAUCCUACUGCUGGUGGCCAUGUUGACAUACAGCCCGGCUCUGUUUUGGAGGUUCUGGUCUGCUCCGCUGCUGCAAUCAGACCUGGCGUUCAUCAUGGAGGAGCUGGACCGCUGCUACAACCGGGCUGUCACGCUGGCUAAGCGAAUGACCACCACCGGGUUGCAGGGCGCCGAAAGUUGCAGUGACCUGACGGAGGGCUGCUUCAACUACCCGCUAGUGGAGAAGUUCCUGACCACCAAGCGUAGCUGUCGCACCCUGCUAGCUCGCUACCUGCUGUGCCGAGGUUUGACGCUAGCCACGCUGCUGUGCGCCUGCCUCUACCUGGGCUACUACCUGCGCCUGGCUUCGCUCACCGACGACUUCGGCUGCACGCUAAGAGUCGGGCUGCUGGCCAACGACUCGGCCGUGCCCUACAAGGUGCAGUGCAAACUCAUCGCCGUGGGAGUCUUCACGCUGCUCAGCCUGGUCAACUUGAUCAUCUUCUCGGCGUUGAUCCCCGUGGUGAUCUACGCCAGUCUCCGCCCCCUCCUGUGUCAGCGCUACGCACGCUUCCUGGAAACCUACCAAUUGCUGCCCACUGUCAGCGUCCUGCCCGCGUCCAGCGGCCAAUGGGACGACCUCUCGCUUUAUCUGCUCUUUCUGGAGGAGAACAUCAGCGAACUCAAGUCCUACAAGUACAUCAAGGUUUUGGAGCUGCUAAAAAAAGGAGGGGAAUCCUCAGGUGAGGAGUUUGACGCCAUGGGGCUGCUGCAGACGCUGUGUCUGGUCAAGAUGGACACGGUGGACGCCAAGAAAGUGGCGCAAGUCGCCGCCAAACCCGAUCAGCUUGUCGUGCAAGAGGAAGAGGCGGCCAAGCACCGCAAACAGCAAGAUGACGGCAGGAGCGGAACGGAGAUGAAGGAGUUGACUCCCUUGUUGCCGGGCAACGGAGACGUGACUGGCGGUAGAACAAACAUUGAGGGCGGAGCUCUGCGGCAGCGAGCGAUGUGAUUGGCCGCCGAUGUUUCCGCCACAUCAUCACAUUUGCAUAUCCAUCCAGCUCAUUUGCAUGUUGUUUGUCAUUUUUUGCUGCCUUAGCUCAAAUAUUAUGCGAUCAUGUGACCAGUUCUACCAUCAUAAACUUUAAGGAGGACAUCAUCAAAGUAAUUGAUGUAUUUAUUUGCACUGCUUCUCUUGUUUCUUUGUGUCGUUUUGAUUGCUAUGAAGCAAUUUAACUCAUGUAGGAUGUAUUCAUAAUCUUUUCAGUCUGGUUACAUUUGACUGAAUUAAUGUCAUAAUUGAUAAUGAUGGUACGACGUGUUAUAACACCAGAAUGAAUCAGAAGGUUAUUUUGGUGCAUCCUUUCUACUGGCCACGUGAAUGUAAGAAUGUAUUUGAGUACAUUCAUGAAUUUUAAUUUUUGUUUUUUUUGCAUGUUUUGCAAUUCUGGAAAGUUUAAAUCAGUGUUUUCAUGUUUUGCGUUAAAGCUAAGUACAGUGGUAUGAAAAAGUAUCUGGACCUUUUGGAAUUUCUCGCAUUUCUGCAUAAAAUCACCAUCAAAUGUGAGCUGAUCUUUGUCAAAAUCACACAGAUGAAAAAACAGUGCUUUAACUAAAACCACGCAUUUAUAGGUUUUCAUAUUUUCAUGAGGUUACCAUGCAAACCAUGAAAGAAGGGGUGAAAAUAAGUAAGUGCACCAUCACAUUUAAUAUUUUGUGCCCCCCCGGCAGAAAUAACAAGACACCUAUUGUAGCUUUUGAUUAGUCUGGCACAUCGAUCAGGACUAAUCUUGCCUCAUUUUUCUCUUCAAAACUGCUGUAGUUCAGUCAGAUUCCUGGGAUGUCUGCCAUGAAUCGCUGCCUUUAGGUCAUGCCACAGCAUCUCAAUGGGGUUCAAGUCUGGACUUUGACUUGGCCACUCCAGAACUUGUGUUUUGUUCUUCUGAAACCAUUCUGAAGUUAAUUUACUUCUGUGUUUUGGAUCAUUGUUUUGUUUCAGCAUCCAUCCGCUCUUUAGCUUCAACUGAGAGACAGCCUCAGGUUUCCUACAAAAUAUCCUGAUAAACUUUAGAAUUCAUUCUUCCAUCAAUGAUUUCAAGUUGUCCAGGCCCUGAGGUAACGAAACAGCCCCAAAUCAUGAUGCUCCCUCCACCAUGCUUCACGGUGGGGAUGAGGUGUCGAUGUUGAUGAGUUGUUCCAUUUUCCCUCCACACAUGACGUUGUGUGUUACUCCCAAACAAUUCAACUUUGGUUUCAUCAGUCCACAAAAUAUUUUGCCAAAACUUCUGUGGAGGGUCUAAGUGCCUUUUUGACAAGAUUAAACGAGCAAAUACGUUUUUUUUGGACAGCAGUGGCUUCCUCUGUGGAGUCCUCCCAUGAACACCAUUUUGGCCAUAGGUUUACAUUUAGUUGAUGUGUGCACAAAGAUAUUGCUGUAAGUAUUUAGCAGACACGCUAGGGUUCUUACCUCUAUGAGUAUUCUGCGCUAAACUCUUGGCGUCAUCUUUAGUGGACGGUCACUCCUUGGGAGAAAAGCAACAGUGCCAAAUUCUCUCUUCUGAAACCAUUCUGAAGUUGAUUUGCCUCAGCAUUCAUCCUCUUGAUAAACAAAUGAAGUCAUUCUUUUAUUAAUGAUUGCAAGUUGUCCAGGCCCUGAGGUAGCAAAACAGCCCCAAAUCAUGAUGCUAACCUCCACCAUGCUUCAUGGUAGGGAUGAGGUGUUGAUGUUGGUGAGUUGUUCCAUUUUUUUCCUCCACACAUGACAUUGUGUUAUACUCCCAAACAAUUCAACUUUGGUUUCAUCACUCCACAAAAUAUUUUGCCAAAACUUCUGUGCAGGGUCCAAGUGCCAUUAUGUGAAGAUUAAACGAGCAAAUAAAUUUUUUUGGACAGAAAUGGCUUACUCCAUGGAGUCCUCCCAUGAACACCUUUGUUGGCCAUAGUUUUACAUAGAGUCGAUGUGUGCAAAGAGAUACUGAACUGUGCCAGGGAUUUUUGGUCUUGAGCAGACAUUCUACAGUAGGGUACUUUUUUUUAAACCUCUGAGUAUUCUGCGCCAAACUCUUGGCAUCAUCUUUGGUGGACGGCCACUCCUUGCGAGGGAAGCAAAAGUGCCACUCUCUACAUUUGUAGACAACAUCUCUGACUGUCGAUUCAUGAACAUCCAGACUUUUAGAGAUGGUUUUGUAUCCUUUCUCAGCUUUGUACAAAUCAACCAUCCUCAAUGAUUCAGACAGCUCUUUUGACCCAGCCAUGAUGCACAUCAGACAAUGCUUCUUAUCAAGACAUUUCUUACCAGGUGUGUGUUUUAUAGUGGGCAGGGCAGCUUUGAACCACUCAUCAGUGAUUGGGCCUAUCAAUGGGCACACACCUGACUUACAAUGUUUGGCAAAAAUAGUUUUCAAUUGCUAUUUAAGGCUGCUUAGGCAGAGGGUUCACUUUUUUUUUCCCUUCUGUCAUUAUUUGCAUGUUAUCUUCAAUAAAAUAUGAAAACCUAUCAAUAAUCGGGUGAUUUUAGUUAAAGCAGACACUGUAUUUUCAUCUGUGUGAUCUUGAGAAAGAUCACAUCACAUUUGAUGCUUAUUUUAUGCAGAAAUAUGAGAAAUUCCAAAAAGUUCAGAUACUUUUUCAGACCACUGUAAUUUUAUGAUGUCCAUCUUUUGGAAACUAAAGUAGGUGCUUGAGUGCUUUGUAUUUUUAGUUUUGUGUUUAUUCAAAACAAAUGUCAGAAUCUGAAUUUGUCAUGACAAUUUUUGAAAAAAUAAUAAACACAAUAUGUGUUACUUUUUUUUUGGAAGAAAUAAAAACACCAAGC